CAAUUAUGCAGUCUACUUUAUCGAGUUUGUUUCAUGACACGGACCGCUACUUGCUGUCACUGAAAGCGUUUAGUGCAGCGUGCGGUAAAUUCGCCAUAUAUGACCAAUGGGUAGAGACCAUCUUCCAACAGACCGUGGUGCCACAGUUAAAGGGUGCGCUUGACGAGCAAGGAGAGCUUCGAGUCAUGGGAGUUGGUAGCGGAUCUGGCGAAAUGGAGUGCAAGUUGUUCGUCAAAUUUUUACAACACUUCCCGCGCAUCAACAUCUGUGCAGUUGAGCCCCUUCAGGAGCAGCUCGUCAAAUACCAGGCAUUGACGAAAUCCAAGACUUCUGAUUUACGAGGUGUGAAUUUCGAGUGGCGACAGCAGACGAUCGAGGAAUACGAGAAGGUGGAAGAGCCUACUAAGUUUCACUUCAUUGUUGCAGUUCAUUCUGUGUACUACUUUGACAACUUGGAAGACUCACUGAUGUAUCUGCACAGCAUACUUGAACCUGGUGGAGUUACAGUGGUUGUUAUUAUGUCAGAUGACAGUGGGUAUUUCCGAUACUGGGACCACUUCAGACCUUUCCACGACAAGUACAAUUUCAUCAGUUCAGCAGAUGUUCGCAGCAUCCUAGACCGCCACACUAUACCGUACUCGCAGCAACACCAGCCGUCCCAUGUGAACAUCACCAGCUGCUUCGAUGAUGCGUCAGAAGAAGGUAGCAUGGUCUUGGAUUUCCUAAACCACGUGACGAGGUUCAAGGAGUCGGCGACCGAGGAUUUGAAGCAGCAGGUGCUGGAGCGCAUGGCGAGCAGCGAGUGCUCUGAGACGAGUGGAGAUGAGAUCCUGUUGAAUAACGACUGCGAUACAAUAAUUAUAAGCAAACCAAGAUAAACGGGCAGUAUUCAAGCAAAUCAUCAUGGCCGCUGUUUUGCGCUUUUGUCCUCAGAUUCGUGUGUCAAUUUGCGUGUAUACGCUUGUCUCGAUAGCGUUUCCUCAAGAAUUUACGAUAUAAAACUUGACGCUUUGAGCUCGAGCUAAGGAAAUGUAUUCAAAUACUGACAGCUUUGAGUGUAGUACAACUAUAAUCUCCCGAGACCUUCCAUGGAGAACUCUUUCACAAUGGACCCCUAGUUUUACGACACCAAGAGAUAAAGCAGUAGAUAUUUGCUUUAUAACACUUCUCCCACAUAUUCUGCUUGAUUCAGCCGAUAAAUGAUUAUUUGAUCUAACUACAUGUUAAAGGAACAUCUAUUUGAAGCUGCAGAUGCUGGAGUACCUGGCAAGCAGCGCGUGUUCCAAAACGAGCGGAAAUGAGAUCGUGCUACAUAACGAUUGUGUUAACGAUAAUCAUUAGCAUGCCAUUAAAAUGAUGGAGUAUGACAAAAGUAAGAAAGCCCCUCUCCCCCGAAAAAAACAAUGGUCUCAUAGUUAAACAAAAUUAAACUUUAUUUUAAAAAGCAACCAACAUAAAAAGUAAACAAAUAUUUACAGUUGUAUAAAACUCUGGAGAGAGCUCGAAAGUUAAAGUGCUGCCAUUGUAUGUUUUGUAUCUUAGAGGGGCAUGACAGCACGUUUUCCUGAAUAAAACCUAAAAGGCUGACCUCCCCCUUGCAGUUUUGAAAUAUGCUCAGCCUAUGAAAAGCAACAGUUAAUGGGCUUUCAACGCCCCCUUUAGAAUAUUUUGCAUAGACAGUUGCCCCUUCAAAACUUUUAAUUUUGUCAGAAGCAAUAUGGUUCGAAAGGAAACCGCCAAUUGUGAAUAUUGACGUCAGUAUUCGCGAUUAUGGAUAAAGUCAUGACGUGAAAACUGAUGUCAAUAUUGGCUAUUUCAUUUGACACCCAAUUUCAACAUCAAGGUUGAAAUAUUCACAUUUGUGUUCACACGGGGUCUCAAAAUAAUAUCUUGAACUGUCCGAAAGAUAUUGAACAAUGUUCAUGUAUUGAGUUAAGAUUUUUGUGUGCACUCAAAAUGUACCUGAACCUUGGCUCUUCAUCAACUCAUCAAAGUCAGGCGACUUUGACUACCCAGGUAACAUUACUGCCCAACUUUGGAAUUGUUUGUUUAUUCUAAAUAUGACUCCAUUACUGUAUUGGUUGAUGCAUUUCAGCUGAUAGAAGUUGGCCAUUUUGUGGACUAGAUCGCUUGUAAUUUGAUACCUGAUGAAAAAUCUGUUCAUAUUUAACUCUCAGAUGCAUUCGUCACCCACGGAGGGUAGGAUGCGUAAUAUU